UUGAACAAACAACAAAUUUAGUUCAGAUAGACGAUCAAACGUACAGUUGGACACAUACACACACAGACACAAAAUGGCUUUGAGGCUGCUAUCAAGUCCACCUUCUUCCUCUCAAUCACGACUCAGCAGCUUCGUUUCCAACUCAAGAACAGCCUCGAAAUCGAGCUCUCUGAUUCAAUUGGCGCCAAAAUCAUUCGCGUUUUCGCCUCAGAGAAAAAGAACUUUGACGGUGAGGUCGUGUGUGAAAUUGGAGGAGAAGAAUGUUCCGGAAACGGGUAGUGAGUGGGGGAAAGUGUCGGCGGUGUUAUUCGAUAUGGAUGGAGUGCUCUGCAACAGUGAAGAGCCGUCAAGAAUGGCCGCUGUGGAUGUCUUCGCUGAAAUGGGGGUCGAGGUCACCGUGGAGGACUUCGUGCCAUUCAUGGGCACAGGUGAAGCAAAGUUUUUAGGAGGUGUUGCUUCUGUGAAGGGGGUUAAAGGAUUUAAUCCUGAGGCGGCAAAGAAGAGGUUUUUUGAGAUAUAUCUAGAUAAGUAUGCAAAACCAAAUUCUGGAAUAGGAUUCCCUGGAGCCCUAGAACUCAUUACCCAGUGUAAAAGUAAAGGCCUGAAAGUUGCCGUUGCAUCUAGUGCUGACCGCAUCAAGGUCAAUGCAAACUUAUCGGCCGCUGGUUUACCAUUGUCAAUGUUUGAUGCCAUUGUGUCAGCUGAUACAUUUGAGAAUUUGAAGCCAGCUCCUGAUAUUUUCUUAGCUGCAUCAAAGGUUCUGAAUGUGCAUCCGAGUCAGUGUAUUGUGAUUGAAGAUGCAUUAGCUGGAGUACAAGCUGCCAAAGCAGCUCAAAUGAGAUGUAUAGCUGUCACAACGACAUUAUCAGAAGAUUCCCUUAAUGCAGCUGGUCCAUCCCUUAUCAGAAAGGAUAUUGGAAAUGUUUCUCUUCAUGAUAUUCUCAGUGGAGGCAUUGGUUGUCAUAGUAUGUAGUUCAAAAGAUAUAACACAGAUGUUUGUUUGACCACUAAUAAUGUAGAAUGAUGAAGCUACCGUUUAUGCCAUUUCUUAAAGAACUUUGAGUAAGAAUAUUUGUCUUCUAUUGUAUGUUCUCCAUUUGUAAAGUUUUGCUCUUCUUGCUGCUGAAGUGAAUCCUUUUGUUCCAAUUUAUUGAUUCUAUGAUUGUUGGUUUGUGGAUUUCUUAAUAUUGCUGGGGCAAAGCUUUUAGCUAUGAUGGUAUUAUUACCCUAGCAAUUAUCUGCUGAGAAACGGCUAAUAUUAGAUUUUUCCCUGGAAAAAUAAGGUCUGAUGAUGACCAACCAUUGCAGAUUCGAAGAUGCAGGAACUUCAA